AUGGCUGCCGCGACAUGCCUGUGUGCGGGACUGCUCGCCCUCGCGGUGGUGGUCAGCCCGGAGAUCAGAAGUAGCUUGGUGCUUAAUAAAUUAGUAAAAGUGAAGCCAGUCGGUGGCAACUUGGCCAAGGCCUUCGUACCCCUCACGGAGAUCCCUCCUCCCCACCUCCCCUUGGCAUCAGGACGACGGCACUUCGAAGACUGCAGCCAGAAGCCCCCGGCCAAGGAGGUGUAUGGAGGCGCCAAGGUGGACAUCUUCGGGGAGUACUACGAUGAUAUGGUGGCUAAGACUGUGGCUACGGUGAUCUUCCCUGAUCAUAUUGACCGCAAACACUUCGAAGUGACAACCGAAGUGCCUUACCUCACCGUGGGCCCGAUAGAAGCUAUAGGCUACCACCCGAGCACGCUCAAGAGUGACCACCCUGCUGAGUGUGAGAAGAUAUACCAGGACCACCUAGCCGAAAUGUACUCCGAUGAGACCACGGACUAUUCCGAGGAGUCCUUGGAGAUGGCCCGAAUGCCACUGAGUCCUACUGCAAAACCAUCCAAAUCAGACGAAUUCAACCUGGAAGACCUUUACGAGGACUUCGAGAGAUAACUUUAGAU